CUUGCACAUGAGAAUUCGAAAGAUCGUGUACCUCGCCUUUACUGGUGCCAUAGAGCUGCUUCUUUUUUUUCUCCCAGUGACAGAACACGUUAGGUCCAACACGGACAUUAUUUGCAGUAUAAGCUGACUUGUUUUUGAGUUACCGAGGUUUGGAUUAUUCUCAUUCAGCUGAAGUGUGACUGGAACUAUAAGAACUCAAUGCUAAAUAUAACUUUGAUAAUUGUUGGUUGGGAUUUUCACCUCUGUAACAAUUUUUUUUUUUAAAUGAAGCCACACUGUUUCUUGUUUAUGGAUCCUACUAAUGUGAAUAUUUUAGCAGUAUUCAUCAUAGUGUAAUGUGUUUAAUGUGAAUUGAUGCAGUACUGUUUCAGCUCAUUUGUUAUUUGGGGUGAAAAAAAACAGAACUGCCCUCGUUCUUCUUCCUCUUUUUCCACCGCAUCUUUUGGUAGUUGCUGUAUCAUGACAUGAAUUCACAGUUUUCGUUUUUUGCUCAUACGCUCAAAGAUGAACAACCACACUGAGGCGUCUUGCCUUCCAGAAGCUCAGCACAUCAUCAUAACAGUCUUCCUGUGCUUGAUCUACACGAUAGGACUCCUUCUUAACGGCUUCAGCCUCUGGGUUUUCAUCUUCCGGAUAUCCAAAUGGAAUGCUGGCACAGUUUUGCAGUUCAACUUGGCAAUAAGUGAUGCACUCGCUGCUCCUGUCACCCCGCUGAUAGCAACCUACUUUGUCAACGGGAACAACUGGGAGUUUAGCGACUUUCUGUGCAAGUUGAAGAUAGCCUUAAUCAGUGCUCACUUCUACGGCAGUAUUAUGUUCCUCGCCCUCAUCAGCAUUCAUCGCUACGUGGUUGUGGUUCAAUUCAAACGUUCGUCGCCGUUGAAACGGAAAGCCUUUGUGAAGAAACUUUGUUUUGGAGUUUGGUGUUUUUUGUUGGUUGGCGCCAUAGUGUACGGCGUUCUUCUGCCCGUUACCAAAGAAGACGGGCGCAAACAAUGCCUUUCCAUACAUCAAUCCAAACUUACAGAUGCGUACUUCGUUAUCAACUUUGUGCUCUUUGUUUUUGGCUUUCUUGUGCCUUUCACAGUAUCUGUGGUUUGCUACAGCUGUCUGGCUCGAUCGGUAACCAAGGUAAAUGUCAACUCACUGCAAGGUCAGGCAGUCAAGACAAAGUCACUAAGGAUGAUAGGACUAUGUCUAGUCAUCUUUGGAAUCUGCUUCCUCCCUCUCAAUGUUACCCGGACUAUUGCGGUUGUCAUUACAAAGUACUACCCUACAGAAUGUAAGCUUCUGGUACGAGUGGAAACAGCAUACUAUUCAUCCUAUGUCUUGGCAGGAAUCAACUGUUGCUUGGACCCCCUUAUCUAUUUCUUUGGCUCACACAGUUUUAAUAAAGCGUUCCAAAGAUCUGUGAAAAUACAAAGAGGUCAACAGGAAAUAGACAACAAAACUGAAUCAGAGACAACAGGUUACAGUGCAACUAGAAAUGCUAUCUAUACAAUAUCAUCAGAAAUGGUGUUAUAGAAUUUCAGAGAUACAAAUCUCCUCUUUCUUAUUUCCAAAAGUAUUUUAAGGUAUGUUUGGUUGUUAUCUCUUUCUGUUGUUUUGUUCACUGUUUUGUUCCUGUCAAAUAUUUUCUGUGAAGUAGUCAGAGAGGAACAAGAGUGCAAUGUCAAAAUCUACUUCUGCAACUUUAUUACACACUGUUGAAAUGUUUUCGUUUGUAUUGUCAUGCUGGUAAAAAAAAAAAAAAAAACCAAAAAAACCACAGCAUGACAUAACAUUUUACCAUAGUGCAAUUAAGCUUUUAAGGACAAAUUGUAGCAUGAUAUUUGUAAUAUAAUUUAAUACAUGUAAUGCAGUGUGAAAUUAUGUAGACAAUGUACAUUGCCAGUCAAGUUUUUGAACACCCCUUAUUACCACUUUAAGAAUUAAGAUUAAGAAAUGGGUUCUAGUUAAAUACUCUGAAAAUAUAAUAUUUCUGUAAGAAGAGAAGAAUAUAUAUGUAGUUUACAGUCAUGGAGUACCUACUGUACGUGCAUUUUCUUUGAAUAAAGCUCUCGUUUAGUGUCUCAUUAGACGUGGAACAUCUCCUUAAAUACAAAGAUUUUACUUUCAGUAACUGCUUUAUCCUGGUUAGGGUUGAGGUUGAGCCGGUGCUGAUCCCGGGAACAGUAGGCAUAAGGUGAGAAUACAUCCUGAGUAGGAUGCCUGUUCAUCACAGAGCAGUAAGCACACACACAGUCACACACUUAUUCAUACCUAAGGGGCAAUUUAGCAUAGGCAAUCUACCAACUGGUGGGAGGUAGAUUUUUGGGAGGUGGAAAGAAAACUGGGGAACAUUGGGGAAGCUCAGCGGUCACCCAAAAGACAUGGGAAGAAAAUGCUGCAAUAGUAAGGCAAUUUGGUGGUGCAGUAGGUAGCUGUAUUGCUGCCUCACAUCUCCAGGAUCCCUGCUUUGAUCCUGAGCUCAAGUUUCUGUCAACACUGAAGUUUCACAUGUUCUCACUUGUGACUCUUUGGGUUUCCUCUGGGUUCUGUGGUUUCCUCUCACUUCUUAAAAACAUGCCAGUAGGUUGACUAAAUUGAUCCUGCGUGUGAAUGCAUGUUCAUGGUGCCUUGUGAUGGAUGGACUGGAAUUCCAUCCUGUGUGUACUCAUGCCUCAUGUUGUGUAUUCCUUGGAUAGGCUCUGGAUCCACAGCAACCCUGACCAGGAUAAAGUGACUAUUGAAGAAGAAUGAAUGAAUAAGGCAAUUAGAAAUACUAAACCAUUUUAUUGAUCUAUUUAGUCAAGUAAUAAGGAAGCUAAUACACAGCUGGUAGAUGAACAACUCAGUAGGUAUUUUGGCAGCUGGUCAUAAUGAAUCUAAAUUAUGGAAAACAACUACCAGAAGAAAAAAAAAUCAACCUGUUCAACACUGCAGGAAAACCACUCACCUGGCUGCACUGUAUUUAAUCAGUAAGAGUUUCAUGGGGCUAAUGUUACUGUUGCUUUUACAAAUAAACCAUACCCCUCACCUACCAAACUUCAGAACUCAAAAGUGGGAAGAUGUUUUAGCAUAAACUGCACAACACAGAGGAACUUACAAAAGAACAAUAACAAUUUUCUGCAUAUGUUGAUUUUUCCUUUUUUGUAAAUUGAGGUUUAUAUAGAAAAAAUAACAAGCACAACAGCACCACCAGUGGUCAUAAGAAAAAUACACAGAAUGGUAUGAAGAAGCAAGGCUGGGGCUGAUUGCUUUCUAGCCUAGCCUGUAGAUUCAUGCAGUCUAUCAGUGGCCAUCAUGUCAGGUGAUUACACAGAGUGACAGAUUUGAGCCCCCUAAAUCUGAGCUUCAUUUUUGUAACGUGCAUGUGAAAUAAAUUUGUGAAUGUAAUGAACAUGAAUUAAGUAGAUUAUUUACGCCAUCAUCCUUUUUUCACCAAAAUGAUACACUAAGAACAUAUUGUCC